AUGGCUGGGACAGGUGCUGCAUCACUAGCCCAUAAAUCCAUGAAUUCGGUUGUUCCAGGAUUACCCAAACAGCGGAAAAUAAAGAAGUUCACCAUGACCAAAUACACUAUCUAUGAGACUAGUAAGUCAAUGUACAUUGUGGGGAGUAAUAAACGAGAGACUAUGUUUCGAAUUUUGGAAAUCGACCUUACUAAGCCGAAGGAUGAAUUGUUUGUCGCCGAAGAUAAUGUAUUCUUUACCAGAAGUGAUGUGAUGAAGAUUUUACAGAAUAUUGAGGAAUCUGAGAAGGACGGUUUAAACAAAAAGUUGACGGGUCAUGGGCUGCUGGGUUUUAUCCGAUUUACUGAUUGUUACUAUUUGGUUGUUGUGACAAAGAUUAGUUAUGUGGCUGUUCUCGGGGGUCACUCAAUCUACCAUAUAGAUGACACACAGCUGGUGCCCAUUUCUGCUUCUUAUAAGAAGCCGGAUGCGACAGAAUCGAGGUUUUUAUCAACAUUUCAAAACAUUGAUUUGUCGAAAACGUUUUACUUCUGUUAUACAUAUGAUAUUACUAACACGCUUCAGACUAAUAUCUUAAGAAAAAAGUUAGAAGGUGUAGGAAGAGAAGAUAUAAUGGUUCCAUCUGGUAUCCCGGAUUACAAUGAAAUGUUCAUGUGGAACUCAUAUUUACUAUAUGAUGUUUUUUCAUGUAUUGAUACGGUAUAUGACUGGUUUCAGCCAAUAAUUCACGGAUUUAUUGACCAAGUUAACAUAUCAUUAGAAGGAAAGAGCAUAUUUGUGACAUUGCUUGCUAGGAGAUCGCACCACUUUGCAGGUGCAAGAUUCUUGAAAAGAGGAGUAAAUAACCAUGGAUAUGUAGCAAACGAAGUGGAAACUGAGCAGAUUGUUUCUGAUAUGGUAUUAACCUCAUUUCAUGCACCGGGUGCUAUGUAUUAUGAUAACGAUAGGUAUACCUCUUUCGUUCAACAUAGGGGUUCCAUACCGCUCUUCUGGUCUCAAGAAGCGUCUAAUUUAACGGCAAAACCCCCAAUUGAAAUAAAUGUUAUGGAUCCAUUUUAUAGUUCCGCAGCGAAGCACUUUGAUAAUCUAUUUCAACGGUAUGGAGGUGGUCCAAUACAAAUAUUGAAUUUAAUUAAGACAAAAGAAAAGAAUCCUAGGGAAACAAAAUUAUUGAUUGAAUUUGAAAACUGUGUGGAUUAUUUGAAUCAAUUUUUGCCAGAGGAAAAGAAGUUGCAGUAUAUGUCAUGGGACAUGAGCAGGGCUUCCAAAUCCCAUGGUCAGGUUGUAAUUGAAUUUUUAGAACGAUAUUCUAGUCAAACUUUGGAAACUACUGGUAUUUUCCACAAUGGAAAGACGUUCGCAACCACUAAAAUUCAGGAAGGAAUAUGCCGUACAAAUUGUAUUGACUGUCUAGAUAGGACUAAUGCAGCACAAUUUGUGAUUGGUAAGCGAGCUUUGGGUGUCCAGUUGCAUGCCCUUGGUAUAAUAGACAAUACUUACCUUGAGUACGAUUCAGAUAUUGUCGACAUACUUACGGAGUUAUUUCAUGAUCAUGGAGACACAAUUGCUCUUCAGUACGGUGGUUCUCAUUUAGUAAACACAAUGGAAACUUAUCGAAAGAUAAAUCAAUGGAGCUCUCACUCAAGGGAUAUGGUGGAGAGUAUAAAGAGAUUUUACAGCAAUUCAUUUGUUGAUGCACAAAGGCAGGAAGCCAUUAACCUAUUUUUGGGUCAUUACGUAUAUCAAGAGGGUCAACCGAUGCUGUGGGAUAUGAAUACGGAUUUUUAUCUGCAUAAUAUGUAUAACAUAGGAGAACCGAAGCGAAGUUUUACUCACUGGUGGAAUGAUUCCCACGUUCAAAGCUUUAGAGAAAUCAUCAAAAAGGAAAUAUUAGAGAAUAAUAACGAUGUUACUAGGGAAAAACUGAUUAAAUAUGUCCGCGGGUAUCCAUCUUCCUAUGACAAUUAUUGGAACGAAUAUUACAUGCCACGUUCUUUCGUAUCUUUCCAAGAUUUGUUUGCCUAUAAUAUGAAUUCGACCAGACAUUAUCACUCUGAGGAAAAGCAGAUAAACUCAUCAAUCUCGCCAUUUGUGUCUAAGAAACAAAGUUCGUUGAAUACAAAGUUGAGAACUCUUACGACAAAGGCAAACAGUUUCUCGAGGAAACAGAAAGAGGAUCCAAACCAUAUGUUGACUGAAAAGGAUGAAUUUGAUCUAUGCAAUUGGGAGUUAUUCAAAUCUAUAUCGAAAGCCAAAAAACUCGAAAGAAGAUUGGAUACUUAUACUAUCGAUAUAUGUCCUUUUAUCGAACGUAAUUCUAUCAAUGAUUCGGAAGCUACCCUGAAUGAGAGCUAUGAGCAACAUACACUAUACCCUUACUCCUUAUCAUUAAACAACAUUAUUAGUUCAACAGAAAAAGAUUUUUAUGAAAAUUCAAUGAGGAUUAGCUCCCAUAAUGCGCUUGAUGAUUAUCAGGAUUAUUUUGAUACUUCAUCUAUGGAAGUUAGUCAGGACCAACAGCGUAUUUAUCAAAAAUCCUUUACAAUUGGAAAGUUUGAAACAUUUCCCGCAUUUUAG